AUGUUGACGGCUCAAAGUAGGCAGAAAAGUUACGCUGAUGUUAGGUGUAAGGAUCUGGAGUUUGAGGUAGGUGGAAAGAUGUUUCUGAAAGUGGCACUUAUGAAGGGGGUGUUGAGAUUUGGCAGGAGGGAUAAGUUGAACCCUCGGUUCAUUGAGCCAUUUGAGAUCUUAGAGCGGGUUGGCACUGUAGCCUACUGGCUGGCUUUGCCCCCAUCCCUUUCUAUAGUUCACAAUGUUUUUCAUGUUUUCAUGUUGAGGAAGUACGUAGCAGACUCAUCUCAUGUUGUGGAUUAUGAGCCUUUUCAUUUAAAUGAGAACCUGAGCUACGAAGAGGAGCCCAUUCAAAUCCUAGCUAGGGAAGUGAUAGUUUUUCGCAAUAAGGAGAUCGCUUUGGUGAAGGUCCUUUGGCAGAAUCAUCAGUUCGAGGAAGCAACGUGGGAGCGCGAGGACAACAUGAGGGCACAUUGUCCCGAGCUUUUUCAGGAUUAG